AUGGCCAACGACAGCGACAACGACUUCACCAAGAACAAACACAACCUCGUCGGCGUAUGGAGCCUCAUCUCCGGCGCAAUGUACGACUCCGACAAACCCGACCGGACCCUCCUGGCCAAGCCCUACGGCGACAAUCCGCACGGUAAAGUCGUCAUCUCGUCGUCAGGAUACCUGCUCGCGACGCUCGUGACGCCCGAGGGUCUGCAACCCCUCGCGUCCGACGACUGGACGCUAGCGACAGACGAGGAGGUCCUGCGCGUGGGCCGGAGUCUGACCACGUACGGCGGCUUUCUGACGGUGAAGGAACAGGAAGACGGGUCGCUUCUUUGGCAUACGACCGUGGAGAUCGCGAGUAAUCCGAAUUGGGUGGGCAAGCCGCAGACGAGGGUUGCGCGGUUCAGCGAGGACGACGGCGAGGCGUACAUGACGUUGAAUCCGGUGAAGUGGUAUACUUUGAAGGUGCGGCCCAGCCCGGCUCCCCCUCUCUAUGAAUAA